AUGGCACCACUGAAUGAAGUUGUUUCCAUUUACCAGCAACUGACAGAUCACUGGACAAGAAAACCACCCAAUCUAGACAAAUGUGGAGAGCUGCUUUCAAAAUUGAAAGUGGCCCUGACACAUCUUCAGUACCUUCCCACUCAUGAUGGUGCAUCUAAGCAGGAACUCAUUAUUGCCAGAGAUAUCUUGGAAAUUGGAGCCCAGUGGAGUGUGGCUGUGAAGGACAUCCCUUCUUUUGAAAGAUACAUGGCUCAACUGAAGUGCUACUAUCUGGACUAUAAAGAUAAACUUGAGGAGAGCUCCUACAAGUUUCAGCUGUUGGGCCUCAAUCUUCUGUGCCUCCUGGCUCAAAAUAGAGUUGCUGAAUUCCACACUGAAGUUGAACUCCUGCCUAUCAAAGAGCUGCAGACUAACAUCUACAUCAGACAUCCCCUGUCCUUGGAGCAAUAUCUCAUGGAAGGUAGCUACAACAAAAUCUUCCUGGCAAAAGGGAAUGUCCCAGCCCAGUCCUACACUUUCUUCAUUGACAUUCUCCUUGAUACUAUUCGGGAUGAGAUUGCAGGCUGUGUGGAGAAAGCAUAUGAGAGUCUUUCUCUCCAAGAAGCCUGUCGUAUGCUUUACUUCUCUCAGCCACAAGGAUUAUCUGAUUAUGCAAAUAAGAGGGGGUGGCAGGUAAAAGGCAAUGUCCUGAAGUUCACUGCUGGUGAAAAGAAAAGGCCAGAUAUGGAAAUCUUGCCAUCUCUGGAUUUGGCACAAGUUGCUAUUGAAUAUGCUCGAGAACUGGAAAUGAUUGUUUAG